ACGAGUCUGUCAUCACAUCUCUCUAUUAAUACUGAGGUAUGCUUUUGUGAAGACGUGGUCCAUUUAUUAGAGAGAGACUCUGAUUGGCUACACUCAGCGUUUUAACCCUAUUAAGCAAUCGAUGAGAAAGCUACAAAUGAAACCCCUGCAUGACGGCGUGCUUCAAUUUUACUUAAACGUCAGUCAUCAUACGUGUGCCCGUGUCACGAGAGUAAGCCCUGCACAUACCGCGCGGCUGUCAGUCUGGCACCUUUCAACUUCAAUAAGGAUGCUGGGCAAGAAGAGACCGAACCCUUGAAGCUUUCAACAUAAAUAACAGAUGAUGAAAAACGUCAGUAAUUCCUGAAAACAGCGUCGAACAUUAAAAUCACAAGGGUUCAAGUUGAAUAACAGAGCAAAAGGCACUUAGAGGAGGUGGGUGAAGAAACGGUGACGGUUGACGCUACGAGGAAACUACAGAAUGGCGUCGCAUGUGCCGCUCUCCCAUAUGCCGGUAGAAUCGAAAUGGCGGCAUAAGCCAACAUUCGUUUACAACAAGAACUAUGGAUAUGGGAUGAACUACUACCAACCAAUGAUCGACUAUAUCGAUAAGCGAGAUAAUCGAAGCAGAGCCAAGUCCGAGUAUCCCCACCUCCCGUGGUCGGACAGUCGCGCGCUCUGGGAGGACAAAAAAGUGCAGCCUUACACGCCGAGGGAUCUACAACGAUUGGCGGUUGACGCGGAGGUGCAGGCAAAAGAUCAUCUCAGUACAUUUAAGGUUGCCAAGCGUUCGGACUUCAGCCUUUCAAAAACAAUUCACGCGAGUCACGUAACAAAAGAAGUUUUUCCGAGGAAACGUGCCGUCUACAGACCUGCUCAAGUUCGUCCAAGGAGCGAGCCCCGAGAAAUAGAGCAAAAAAUCAUGAGUGAUUUGGAACUUGGAUCCCUGCAGGACGUUCAGGCUAUGAGGGAGGUGAAAGACGCUUUGGAACACGGGAGGCGUUUGCGCGGAAAAUCUGCCAAGGCUAUAGAGUUUCAUUUAAAAGCUGACGCUCUGCAGAAUCUUUCGCAGAGUCAAGAAUUGGCGGAUAUAAGAAAAUUUCAAAGAAAUGCUGUGCACGUCCUUAUGGACGACAGAAUGCACUCACAAUUUAUGAGCGAUAGAGCGCGGAUGGCCAGGGACGAUCACAAGUUCCUGGAGCCUCUUGACAAUCUCAGCCAUGAGCUGAAGGACUUUGAACAGAAAUCGAGCGGCUAUUUCUUGGACAAGAGGUAGACAGACUUUGGCACGGAAUCCGUGUCAUUGCUAGGCAU